GUCGGUACGUCGGUACGUUCGUCGACGGCCUGGAGAAAUCGCCGAGAACGUUGAUUUAUCAAGUUGUAAUCAGUUUCUCAACGAGCGCACGCGACUUAUUUACGGAAGGACGAGGGGACGAGCUGCGGGAUCGGCGUCCGCGUCUCGGCCGAGUGCCUGACAGCGGCGUGUUGCGUCACGUCACGCUCCUCCCCGUGUGUUUUUGUUUACAAUGACAUAAUCGACAUGUCAGGAGAGUAGCGUCCGAAAAAACCGAGAGCCACCCUCGACACGAGACCUCUCGCCCCCCCGAGAAGCUGCUCGAGGUUGGUGCGCGCGUCGUGCCAUGCGGAGCACGUCGCCAGGAUUCUCGGGCUGAGGGAACUCUCGCGGGUCUCGCGAAGCAUGCCCGGAGGCAGACGAAACGCCGUCAGUCGGACCGGGCCGGCCGCCAGGUCCGGCAGCGGUAGCGUUGGCUCCGCCAACGGGCGGAGCAACAGCGGGGAGCGUGCGAGUACCGCCGGCGCGGACGACAAGAGGCUCGACGAGAUCUACAGCGGGAGGUCCCUGGCGCCGAAGCACAUUCCCAUACCCGCGGUGCCGGUCGACGGCCAGCUGAGCUUCGAGGCUCUCUCCCUGCUCGUCUCGAUCAUCGCGGCCUGCCUGCAGCUGCUUAAUCUCUACAGGACCGUCUGGUGGCUACCCAAUUCCUACAAUGGUUACAGCAUGAACUUUUAUUUGAUAGACCCUUACCUGCUUGUAUUUAUUUUCACCAUGGUGGCACACAGGUUCCUCUACAUGUUGUUACUACGGGUCAUUGAGCUCUCGUUGCCAUCUGUACCUGCCAAGUUGACGAUUCAAAACAUCAUAAGGUCAUCUGUAUCCCUUGCCGUGAAGAGCGUGCAAGGCUGGUGCCUUUAUCACAUGGCUUUGAAAUAUAGCUCUAUGAAACUCGUUUAUUUAUGUUGUCCAAGUUUGUCGGUAUAUUCAUAUUUUAUGGUGGGAAUAAGAACAACGUCAUUUUUCGAUAGAUCAGGCGGAGGAAAGGAGGAGCGGAAAGCAAAAUGUGUAUUAGACAAACCCUUGCACAGUUGCUCGUUAAACGCAUCGGCCAUUCGAGCGGAGGUGUCCACUUUGAGGGCCGAUUUUAACGAACGGCUAAGGCGAGCUCUAUUUUCGUCUUCCACUAACGCGUACGUCUGCGUAGUCGCGCCUAUUAUUUUCGUACCUCCGCAUUUACAUUUUAAUGUGUUUUGGGUGAUACAGCACAUAAUCUUGUUUUGGCUCGGGAGGAUAUGCGCGUACCUCGCUCAGGUUUAUCCUUUCAGAUAUUGCGACGAGCUACACAGAUCAGCGAUGCACCUAGGUCGAUGGGUUAAAAUAGAUAAUCGCAAUAAUCACAUUUACGCCCAACCGUGGAACGACGCGGUUUUGUGGCCGCACGGCUCGAUUGUAAGGCACAAUCGGGAAAUUUAUCGCUCUGAAGGUUUGUGCACAGCAGCGGAACCGGGUAAUCCAGCUCACUCUAAAUUUCAUGUACGUGAUUCUUUUUUGCUUUUGGAGCAACACAAGAUUAUUAAACUCUAUACUAAUUGUUACAUGUUCCAGACUAUAUUUAAUAACCGCUCAACGCUACCAAGUCCAAUACUGGCAUUGCAAUUAUUAUUGGUGAAUGUUCAAGUGUUUCUUUUAAUAGGCGUGACGGAAUGGUAUCAAAUACUGUCGACGAUAUUGUUAAUAGUUAUACAUUAUUACACUUUGUUCAAAAUGGCCAGAGAUUGUCUGAUAUCCUGGAAAGUGUACCGCGCUGAACAAAUAAUUCAAGAGAAGUCUCAAACGGUUGUAAACCCAGUUGCUCAAUAAAAGGCAAGAGUGUGAUUUGUACAGUA